GGUCCCGGCUCUGGAGCCCUCCUGGUAGCCCCACACUUUGCAAACUUUCGAGUUUUCCUCCACUUGCGUCACGGAAAAGGCAGGAGAGUGACAGAGUCCAGGAGGCUAGGCGGCGGCGGCUGGCGAGCUCCCCCGCGCGGCUCUCAAGCCCGGCGGGGCGAGAGACGUCUCACUGCGAGGCCGGACGGGCUCGGGAGUGCGGCCGCCCUAGGGACUGGUCCCGGAGGCCCGCGGGCCCCUACUUCCCGGGUCGUCUCCUCCCUCUCGCAUUCCGAUCUCAGCGCGAGCGAGUGAGGGCGACGGCCAGGAGAGAAGCGAGGAGGAGGCGGGAGCCCCGGCUCCAGCGCCCCAGGCCCGCGGGAGGGCGGAGCCGGGCCGUCCCUGCCCAGCCCGGACGCACGGAAGUGCUGUGGAGUUUGCCCAAUUCCCCAGCCUGCUUUUCCUCCCUCCCUCUCUCUCUCCACCCCUCACGUCCCCCCUCAGCUAUUCCCUCCUUCCUCGGGACGCCACCUCCCGGAAUCGCCUUUUUUUGUUUUGGAGCUGGUUUAUCGCUGGCUGCGCAGAGGGACUGCUAGUGCUGGAGUUGAAGGCGGGCUGGGGGCUCAGCUCGCCGUCCACCGGCUGGACCCCGCGGGGCCGAGAGGAGGACGGAAGGACAGACGGCCGGGUGCGCCAUCAGCUCGCGGGAGCUCACUCUCCAAACUCCUGUUGAGUGUGUGCGUGCGCGCGAGGGGUGGGGGUCUGCUUGUCUAGCGCGCCGGGACCGGUUGCUGCGGGGUUUACUUUUGGGCGGGGGUCCUUGGACUGCGAUCAGGGUCAGCUUCAGGCUCAGAGACUGCUGGGGAAUUAGGCAAACAAAAGAGGCCACGCAGCUAGUGACCAGAAGUCGCCUGAGCGCCUCGUCGCGCCCUCUCCGUCUCAGAGGUGGGGGCUGGCCACUUGAGGGGCGGGGAGAGGGCGCCCCAGCCGGCUGGGGGCCGGGCUGGGCCGCCGGGGUUGAAGAGUUGGCGGCCUGUUGUGUAAGCCUCAGUCCUUGUUUUCCCUGCCUGGCUUGUUGUGAAGCCGGACACAUCCACCCUUGGACUCGAUUCAGGAGGCUGCUGCUUUUCUCCUUGCCCCUCUUGGAUUUUCUGGAUUUCUGAAAACCCAGUGGCCCAAGAGGAGGAGGAGGAAGGAGGAAGGGGCAGAUCUGCAGAGGAAUGUGAGAGCCUCCCAAGGCCUGAGGAGACAGAAGGAGCUGGGAGCCAGAGCUGCCGGGAUUUCUGGAACGGUGGUUUCUGAGCGAUUCUCUUCUAUUUUAGAACAUUGUUCCAGUGGAGAGUGGUGAAUUCUUGCCCUCUCUGAGCUGGUUUCUCCCAGUCACUUGACUUUUCUUCUGGGAGUGGGAGAAAGAGAGACAUCCCCCUCAGGAGCUGCCAAGGGAAGGGAGAAAGACUAUGGACAUGAGCCCUCCCUGCUCACAUGUGUGUGCUGGGAGACCAGAAAGGGCAGUUUCUGGGCCAUGGACAUUGUUUUGAAGAGAGGAAGGCUGGACAGCAUCUGUGGGUGCAGAGACCCUGCCUAAGGGGCUGAGAGACUGAGUUGCUGUGGCAGGCCUUGAGUCGCUAGUGCAUUCUUGGACACCGUAGUGAGUGUCCCCAGUUCUGGGCAGGACCCUCUCCUCAUCUUUCUCUACCACUGGCCCAGCCAUGGCACUGAAAGGCCGAGCCCUCUAUGACUUCCGCAGUGAGAACAAGGAGGAAAUCAGCAUCCAGCAGGAUGAGGACCUUGUCAUCUUCAGUGAGACCUCGCUGGAUGGCUGGCUGCAGGGUCAGAACAGCCGUGGUGAGACAGGGCUCUUCCCCGCCUCUUACGUGGAGAUCAUCCGUUCUGGCACCAGCUCCAACCAUGCUGACUAUUCCGGCAGCCCUGCAGGCUCUCUGGGCACCCAGGUGAGCUUGUAUGACAGCUCCAGUGUGGCCAACCCUUCCAGGAGUGGUGGGGGCAGUGGCUUCCUCUCAAACCCAGGCAGCUUCGAGGAGGACGAUGAUGAUGACUGGGAUGACUGGGACGAUGGAUGCACAGUGGUGGAGGAGCCACGGGCUGGUGGGCUGGGCACCAAUGGGCACCCACCACUCAACCUCUCCUACCCUGGUGCCUACCCCAGCCAGCACAUGGCCUUCCGGCCAAAGCCACCUCUGGAGCGGCAGGACAGCCUGGCAUCUGCCAAGCGAGGCAGUGUGGUGGGGCGCAAUCUUAACCGUUUCUCGUGCUUCGUGCGCUCUGGAGUGGAGGCCUUCAUCCUGGGUGAUGUGCCCAUGAUGGCCAAGAUUGCUGAGACAUACUCCAUUGAAAUGGGCCCUCGUGGCCCCCAGUGGAAGGCCAACCCCCACCCAUUUGCCUGCUCCGUGGAAGACCCCACCAAACAGACCAAAUUCAAGGGCAUCAAAAGCUAUAUCUCCUACAAGCUCACGCCCACCCACGCUGGCUCACCUGUCUACCGGCGCUACAAACACUUUGACUGGCUCUACAACCGCCUGCUGCACAAGUUCACUGUCAUCUCAGUGCCCCACCUGCCAGAGAAGCAGGCCACAGGCCGCUUCGAGGAGGACUUCAUUGAGAAGCGGAAGCGGCGGCUCAUCCUCUGGAUGGACCACAUGACCAGCCACCCUGUGCUGUCCCAGUAUGAGGGCUUCCAGCAUUUCCUCAGCUGCUUGGAUGACAAGCAGUGGAAGAUGGGCAAACGCCGGGCAGAGAAGGACGAGAUGGUGGGUGCCAGCUUCCUGCUCACCUUCCAGAUCCCCACAGAGCACCAGGACCUGCAGGAUGUGGAGGACCGUGUGGAUACCUUCAAGGCCUUCAGCAAGAAGAUGGAUGACAGCGUCCUGCAGCUCAGCACUGUAGCAUCGGAGCUGGUGCGCAAGCAUGUGGGGGGCUUCCGCAAGGAAUUCCAGAAGCUCGGCAGUGCCUUCCAGGCCAUCAGUCAUUCCUUCCAGAUGGAUCCCCCCUUUAGCUCUGAAGCCCUCAACAGCGCCAUUUCUCACACGGGCCGUACCUAUGAAGCCGUGGGUGAGAUGUUCGCUGAGCAGCCCAAGAACGACCUCUUCCAGAUGCUUGACACACUGUCUCUCUACCAGGGCCUGCUCUCCAACUUCCCCGACAUCAUCCACCUGCAGAAAGGUGCCUUCGCCAAGGUGAAAGAGAGCCAACGCAUGAGUGACGAGGGCCGCAUGGCUCAGGACGAGGCAGAUGGCAUUCGCAGGCGCUGCCGCGUGGUGGGCUUCGCCCUGCAGGCCGAGAUGAACCACUUCCACCAGCGCCGUGAGCUCGACUUCAAGCACAUGAUGCAGAACUACCUGCGCCAGCAGAUCCUCUUCUACCAGCGGGUAGCGCAGCAGCUGGAGAAGACGCUGCGCAUGUACGACAACCUCUGACCCCGUGCACCUGGCCCCUCCCCGCCCCUGGGCCUGGUCGCUGCAGUCCACUCUGCUCUCCAGACCUCCCACCCCAGCAGUGUCUGAGGGGCUUGGGGGUGGGCUUUGGAGGAGUGAUGGGUACCUGUGGGGAAGUCUCCACCCCUUAGAGGUGGGGGCACAACAGGGGUGAGAAUGGGGCCAGGAACCCUCUAGGCUGAGGCCUGGGCUGCUGGUCAGUCACUUGAGGCCAGGCCAGGGUCUUAGCCUCCCCUAGAGCCUACGGCACUCACUCACCUGGCCACCCGCCCUCAUUCAUUCAGCAGACACAGGGGCCUGCUGCCGCCCCAGGUCAGAUCCCGGGCACCAGGGCUGCAACACGCCUGCCCUCGGGGAGUCCCCAGUCAAGGCGGAGGUCAGACAUGAAACAGCCUGGGGCCAUGAAGAAUGGCCGAUGGUAAAUAAGGGGUUCCUGGAAGCUCACAGAAGGGACCACUCAUUCAGCUGGUCAGGGAAGACUCCAGGGAGUAGGUGACAUUUGAGUAGUGUCUUGAAGAAUGACAAGGACUUAUCAGACAGUAAAUGGGGACAGUAGAUAGGAGGACAUUCGGAAGAGAGGAACAGCAUAGCUAAGAUGGAGACAUGAAGACACCCCUCUUCUCUCCCUUACCUUUCCUAAGCAAGUUUGGGGCCACCUCGGUGGGGAUUCUGGCCUGUGUGACAGAGGGGAGCGAUCUUCUUUGCUCCCAUGUCCCUGUCCCUGCCCCACCCCUGCCCUCUGCAGGAGGGGCUGCAGGCCAGCUCCCUCCUGACUCCCCUCCACCUGCUGAGCCCCACUGCCCUUUGGUUAGGGGACCAUGCAGCAUCUUUUCCCUGGGCUCAAGGUGCUGAGACAAGCCAUGGACCCCAGGACCCUGGUGGCACCUUCUUGGAGGGGACACCCAAAAGUUACCAGAUAUUUGAGUUCACCAGCAAUAGUUUCCCACACUCCGAGCAGGCUCGGACCCCAGGUUCCCAGGGUCCCGGCCCCUGUUAACCCCAGCAUCCUUCCUGUUGCACGGUGGGAAAUCCAACGGGAAAAAGACAGGGCCAACACACCCACCACCCCAGGGAUCCUGGGCCAUCUGCCCACGGCCAGCUGCACUGUGAUGCCAACCAGGUCCUGGUUGGAUUGUGCUGUUUCUCACCCAUGUUUACAUCCUUGAGGGGGCUACUCCCUCCCCCCUGGCCAGGGCAUGGUCCAGCAGCCAGGUGGGGGAACUGACAGGUGCCACCGCUGGCCCCCCAGGAGGUCAUGGCUGUGCCUGGCUGCUGCUGCUUGAAUCUUUUUUUCUUUCUUUCUUGUUUUCUUGAUAAAUCUUUUACAAUUAAGAUAACAAAAGCAUGACUUUUUUGUUUCGGUCUGGAGGGGAUGAGGAUGGGGGAAGGAUAGAACCCUAAUUGUCCCUGGGAGCUAUUGGACCAGAUUCUGAGAUCGUGGUGGACACAGAAUUUACCCCAGAACCUCAAAAGUUGGGGGGAGGGCUGUGCUGGUGGGAGGUGCUAGCUGGGGAGCUAGAGGUGGCCAUGGGCCCCAGCUGGAUGCACACCCUUCCCAGACCUCACAGCCUCAUCUCUCUAGUGGGUGGAGUCCUGCGGGGUGGUUGGCUGUGCUGCUCCCGGAGCUAGUGAUCUAGGCCUGAGGGUCGCAUGAAGAAGGGAUAGGAGGCCGUGCCCAGGACAGUCUAAUCCACAGGGGUUUCCUCUCCCCAGGGAGCCAUGUCCCCACCUUGCCCCCAGGAAAGCCCAGUCCAGGGGGGUGGGGGUGGGGCUCAGAAACUGUGUCCUUUCCCAAGCUGUCCUGAGUGCCCAGCCCUGCAGUGGCUUCCAAGUGGGAAACAGAGGAGGACCCCUAGCUGUGCCCUUGGGGGUGCCCCAGUCAGGAUGAAUGGGAAUCUGUUCACAUGAAGGACAGAGGUAUGUUGGUGAAACCACAGUUCUCUUUUGGGGCAGUGGGGACUUGGAGGAGGGAGGUCUGCCGGAGUCCGGGCAUCAGGAGGCUUUGGCCAGGCCAAGGGCCCAGGGGACUCACGGCAGUAAGACGGGAUAAGGAGUGGCAGGUGCAGUGGGUAAGGGGCAGCAAAGGCUCCCCAUUCAGGGCAGAGCGUCCUCAGAGGAACUUCUGGAAUGGUCCUCUGGCCCUGAAUUUAGGUCAGAUUUGGGACUUUCUGUGGAAUUUUCCCCUCCCUCCUCCCUGCCCUCCUUCCUUCAUUUUCCAACCCACUCGGGGACCUUCCUGUCCUUAACCUCUUCUUGGCUUUGACCUCCAGGUGGCCUUCUGCACAGGGCACCCUGCCCACAGCGGGAGGUCUUCCCGAGGCCAGUCUGCGUAGGGGUGGUGGGAAUGCUCUUCCUAACCCACAGUGCCUGGAAAGUCCCCUGUUCAUGCUUCCUGCCCUGGGAACAGUAUUACCCUCUUGUGCGCCUUCCUUGAGAGAAGGGCCACCUCCCACGCCUCCCAUCCACAGGGUGAGGGAGUCGGUCUGACACUUUUCUCAGGGGGGCUUGGAAGAAUCAGAAUGUGAUGUCUUGGGAUGGGUCAGGCCUCCUGCAGGCAUCGUGAGGUCUCUAGGCUGGCACAGGCGUAUGUGUGGUGGGGAGUGAGGAUGUCACAGCCCCUCUCUCUGGUUUCUUUCUAUCUCUGUGUGGGUUGGGGCGUUGGAAUUUGAGAUCAGUCUGCGCUGGCUGGAGCCCCUUUCAGCAGGAGACUGGGGGACUGGUGU